CACCACACACACACUGACGCAGACGAUCACUCCAGACACCGAGAGGGGAGGCGACCGCCCCAACCGAGCCAGCCGCCGGCCGCCGCCGCGCCAACCGAGGUCAAUGUCGGGCCCCGCCGCGCCGGUGCAGGCGGCGCCCCCGCGCCCGGUGCGCUUCGGCAUCCUCGGCUGCGCCGACAUCGCGCGCAAGGUCUCGCGCGCCCUCCUGAUGCUCCCGCCCGGCGCCGCCACCGUCGCCGCCGUCGGCAGCCGCUCCGAGGACAAGGCCCGCCGCUUCAUCGCCGAGACCGGCCUCCCAGCGGCGCGCCCCCACGGCUCCUACGAGUCCCUCCUCGGCGACGCGGACGUGGAGGCCGUCUACCUCCCGCUCCCCACCAGCCUCCACGUGCCCUGGGCUACGGCAGCCGCCGCGCGGGGCAAGCACCUGCUCCUCGAGAAGCCCACGGCGCUCUGCGCCGCCGACCUCGACGCCAUCCUCGCCGCCUGCGACGCCUCGGGCGUCCAGUUCAUGGACACCACCAUGUGGAUCCACAAUCCGCGCACGGCCAAGAUGCGGGAGAUCGUCGCCGACAAGGACGCCUUCGGCGACAUCAGAGUGAUACACAGUAUGUGUGGCUUUCAGGCAUCCGAAUAUUUCCUCCAGAAUGACAUCAGGGUAAAGCCAGACCUUGAUGCCCUGGGUGUGCUUGGUGAUGUUGGAUGGUACAGCAUCCGUUCAAUCUUGUGGGCUGUUGAAUAUGAACUGCCUGAGACUGUGAUCGCUCAUCGUCAUCCUGUCAAGAACCAAGCUGGUGUAAUUCUUGCUUGUGGUGCAACAUUGUACUGGGCAGAUGGCAAGACUGCCACCUUCAACUGCUCUUUUCUUACCAACCUUGCUUUUGAUGUCACCGUAUAUGGAACACAUGGUACACUCCAUGUCACUGACUUGGUCAUUCCGUAUGAAGAAAAGUAUGCGGAGUUCAGUGUGGCCUCAAAGUCAAAUUUUGUCAAACCCACUAUCGGAUGGGAUCCUUUGCCAACUAAGCAUGUUGUUACUACAGAUUUGCCACAGGAGGCACUUAUGGUUCAGGAAUUCUCGAGGCUUGUGCAGAACAUCCGGGAUGCUGGUGGCAGGCCUGAGGGGAAGUGGCCGGCUAUCACCAGAAAGACACAGGUGGUGUUGGAUGCCGUGAAGGCUUCUAUUGACAAGGGAUCUGAGCCAGUUGAGGUUGCCAGCUGAAUACAACAAAUGGCAGCUCGUACUGAUUUAGUAUACAAAAUGAAUGGAGGUUGCAACAUUGAUACUGCUUGUUCUGUGUUUUCGCCGUGCACAAGAAACUUCUGGACAUGCUGGACUUGGCAGGUGUGCUCCAACUACUGCCAGAACUGAGUCCCAACAGAAGUGGCUCACUGGCGGUGGCGACUACCUAUAUUGUUGGUUUCAGAACUGGUUGCUAUUCAGAGGACUGGUGUGAUGGUUCAACUGGUAGAAUUACGACAAUUUUGCAUGCCAGAGGCUGCAUGCUUGAGUUUAUAGGCUCUGACAGGUUGGCCAAGGAAUGCUCUGAGUGGCCAUUCCGAGGCUGGAUGUGGAGUCAGAAGCUUAGGACUGUCAUAUUCAAUCUGUCGGUUACCGCAGUUCUUCUAUCUGCUAUGAUGUCUUCCAGCAUUGUAGGAGACCAAAAUGGGCACUAUCCCGUCGGUGAGAAAUUUAUGUCGCCUGAUCUCUGAAGAAGAGUACAAUGGAGCCAGGGAGGCCAAUGUGCAUGAUGGGUAGCGUAAGGCUCCCAUCAAAAGUAUCAUCUGCGGUUAUGGUGAUCAGAUGUUUUUUUUAGGAAGGAUUGCCACAUUGUCUUCUUUGCGCAACCGGCAUGCCAAAGCAUAGCUAAAGUAGUUGAAACACAGAUUUAAACUUUUGACAUAACUAGGAGCAUUACGUUUGUGAACUCCAGAGCUUUCCCUAGUGAUUUGCACUGUUGGAGGGACAGCCAAUACAAGGAAGACAAGCAUGUCGCUGCGUGUUCCCCAAAUGAUCCUGUUGCCUUCUUUAACGCAGCCUAUGCAGGGAGCUGCUGCUACAAUACAGGUGGGCUCGCCGGUGCUGGCAGCCGGCAAUGAUUCCGGCCGGCCUUGUUUGCGGACCGUGUCACGCGCCGGCCGUAUGGGCGCUGGGCCACGCGUGACCCCGCCCAGGAAGCCAGAUCCGACAGCGAUCAGAUCACACCGGCCACUGUGGCCAUGCAAAAACUGUUUAACUUCCAUUGAUACAAGCCUUGGGAAAAGAAUGGUAUUUGUAUAUCGUUAUUACUUGGUACCUGAUGGAGUGAUCCAAGGGCAUAUAUGCCUACAGCUAUUAAACUUUUCUUUUCUAGAA